AUGGAACAACCACCUGGCUACAUUGAUCCAGAAUUUCCACAACAUGUGUGCCGUUUGAAACGUGCUCUCUAUAGACUCAAACAAGCCCUCGCUGAUUCAUCUCUCUUUGUCCAUCAUACCAUAGCAGGCACAGUUUAUCUUUUGCUCUAUGUUGACGAUAUGGUGCUUACUACCACCAAUCCUGCUUUGAUCAAGACUCUUAUCACUCGGUUAUCCAAAGAAUUUGCAAUGAAAGAUUUAGGUUCUCUACACUAUUUUCUUAGUGUUGAAGUCCAACAUAACUCUCAAGGCUUAUUUCUUAGCCAAACCAAGUAUGCUCUUGAUUUACUACAACGUGCUGACAUGAUUGAGGCCAAACCCAUUUCUACUCCUUUUGUUGUUGGUCAACAUCUCUCCACUACAGGGAAGCUAUUUUCGGAUCCCACUCUUUUUCGGUCUUUUGCAGGAGCCUUGCAAUAUUUGACCAUCACUCGGUCUGAUCUCUCUUUUAGUGUCAAUUCUAUUUGCCAGUACAUGCAUGCUCCAACUGAAGAUCAUUUUUGA